AUGGCAUUUAAAUUAACACGCGGCGGCGUUACAAAACUAAUCAACGACGAGACCUCUGACCCUCCACACCUCCAAAUCUUAAACAUUCGAAAUGUUGGGCCUCAGUCUUAUGACCCUUAUGAAUACAAGGGACCACCACAAAAAAGUAUAGAGGUUAAAUUAUCGGACGGUGACAAAGUCGUAUCUGCGCUGAUUCCAGUUAAAAAAUGUCAUUUAGGUAAUUGGGAGGCGUUAAAACAAUAUUCGAUUAUCAGAAUUAGAGACUUUAGGAUUAAUAAAAAAUUCGACGAGGUUUUAGCAACAAUGUUGGUUUGUGAGUUUGAUAUUGUUUCGACUCCGGACAGACAAAUUGGCAAUCCGGAUAUGAGCAAUAUGCUAGAACAGCCGCCAUCACGAGAACAAAUACAACAGCAAUUAUUGCAAUUGCGACUACAGCAACAGCAACUGGAACAAUUAUUACAACAACAGUCGCCGAUUCAAAAUCAUCAACAACAGAAACAAGCUCCGCAAAAUCUUUCUAUUACCACACAAAGCAUGCAUAAUAAUGCACAAUUUGCAAAUAACAUAACAAGACCUAAUCCCAAUACAAAAAACACGAGUUGUCCUGUUUUAUCUCCAAUCAAUUCAAAUCCCUGCCAUAGUAAUGAACAUACCUUAUUCUCAAUCGUAUCACUCAACCCCUAUCAAAAUAAAUGGUCAUUAAAAGCAAAAGUGAUAAAAAAGUCCGAGAUUAAAACAUACACUAAUCAACGUGGCGAGGGAAAAAUUUUCAGCUUUAAUAUCAUGGACGACUCGGGUGAGAUCAAAGUUGUCUGUUUCAAUGAUGCCUGCGAAAAAUUCUACAAUCUAAUUGAGGAGGAUCACGUAUACAUGAUCAGUAAUGCGAAGGUUACAACUUCGAGAUUUAAAACAUCCGCUAUAUGCAGCGAUUACGAAAUUCAUUUGGAAAAAACUACAAGUGUCAUUUUAUGCCAAGAAUCAUGGAUACCGAAUAUAAAGUACAAUUUUAUAAAACUGAAUCGGUUAAAUGAGUUCAACAAAGAUGACAUGAUUGAUAUCAUUGCCAUAGUUUUGAAAGAUAAUGGUACCUUACAGGUUUUUUCCAAAAAAAAUCAAAAGUAUGUGACUAAGCGUGAGCUUGUAUUGGUAGAUGAAACCUUCACUUCGGUAAGACUAGCACUUUGGGGAAAAUUAGCAGAGGAGUUCCAGGUGGAGGACAAUUCAGUUAUCGCAAUUAAGAAAGCUCGGGUCGGAGAUUUUCAAGGUCGCAAUCUUUCAAUGUACGCCAAUAGCCAUUUUCAAAUCAACCCUGAUAUUGACGAAGCAAAAACUUUAUUUAGAUGGUUUAUCUCACAUGGCAAUGACGAAAAUUUCCAGCCUCUUUCUAAUGCCACAGGAAUUUCCAUCUCUUUUGAAAAUUUAUCCAGGAAGACGAUUUCACAGGUCAUAAAUGAUCCUGCGUUAGGCAGAAAUGAUAAGGCAGAUUAUUUCUCGGUCGUAGGCACCAUUGCUUUCGUCUAUGAGAAAAGCCCUUGGUAUUAUACAGCAUGCCCUAAUUGCAAAAAGAAAGUAAUCGAUAACGAGGACGAUUCUUGGUUCUGCAGUAAAUGUGAAGAAACUAUAGAACAACCAGACUACCGAUAUUUAUUCACUGUUGGCGUAUUAGAUUACAGUGGCCUCAUUUGGGUCUCUGCUUUCCACGACACCGCCUUGAAGCUUCUUGGCAUCGAAGCUAGUGAACUGCUUCAAAUGGAAAGAAAUGAAUAUAAUAAGUUUGAAGCGACUUUUAAGUCAAUGCGAUUCAAAUCCUUUGUGUUUUCGUGUCGUGCGAAAAGUGAGUAUUACCAAAAUAAUGAAAAAAUCAAGUACACCCUUGUUGAGGUUCAACCACUUAAUUAUGUCGAGGAGGGAUAUAAUUUAAUUCGACAGAUAAACAAAUUUAAUAACUGA